AUGUCCACAUAUCAGCAGCUUUAUGUUCCACCCGUUAGGCUACGUAAAAGUUGUUGUGAUGAAUGCAGCCUUUGUUACUGCUGGUGUUGUUUGUCUAUAAGUAUUAUAUUGGCAAUUAUUUUUACUGUUGCUGGCGGGCUUCUCGUUUAUAACUUCAGAAAAGAGAGAUUUGAUGACUUUAAGGAAUGGAUCGGUAUUCCGGAGCCCCCGGACAAUGAAUUUCUGAGAGUACUUGGAUACAUACUUAUUAUUUUGGGCUGUAUUAUGGUCAUCUCUGUUUUCAUAAGCGCGUCGUGCGUUUGCUGUCUUAGUUCUCCACCUGUACACCAACCUGGGGUUGUCGUCGUUAAUGUAAGUGUGAACAAGUCCUCUAGCAUUCUCUCUUCACAGCAACCUGCUGAUGUAACAAGUUCAUCUCUGGCUCCAAUCUCGCCACCUACAGCCCCGAUUGAACCACCACCAUCUUAUGAAAGUAUUAGCCAGGAGAAAAUCUAA